AUGGCAACCGAAGUAGGAGGCUUCAUACAAUACGCCGGCCCAUUAUCCAAGAUACCGAAAGACUCCCCUGGCUUCCUCCUCUUCUCGCAAUAUGUAGCCGCCAUCGACGCACUUGAUCGCUCUUCUCAACUUGCCAUCCAACUCCAACACAUCCUUUCUCACGACGCAGUAUUCGUGACAAACGGAGGUCCUCCGGUACCUGCAGCGCAAGUACCAGAGAUGCUGAAGAUGCGAGAGGGGAUGCUGGCCGAAUUCUAUCACUUAGAUGAUAUCAAAGUCGUGUUCAUGGAAUAUGAAGAUGGGAGGAUGAAUUUGAUGUGCGAGACAACUUCCGUAUCGGUUUUCAAAGGCGACGAGAAGAGGGAAGACGUGAAGGUGAAUGAGUUGUUGAUCUUGCAAUUGGCUCCAGCGAAUGAUGGAUUGGGUGUUGGGGGUCUUUGGGUUACGGAAGUGAAGACUUACAUGGACGCCGGGCCUGUAAUGACGAAGGCAAAAGCAGUGAGAGAAGCAACGAGAGAUUGUGUCAAAUAA